UUAUAACCUUGUGAUACGCGUCUAGUUGCUUAGGAAGCUUUCAGACCUAGCCAAUCUGUUCGACAGAGCAGCGACGACCAACGACCACGGACGGCCAACGACCAGCAGCGGACCCGGAGACCACAGACGGACUCGGCAAGCGCAGUCGCACCUACCGACUACAGCUAGACCCGGCAACUGUAGACGGUCCCGUCGACCAGAGCUGGACCCGCGACCAGCCGCGAAUGUGCAGGUGAGCCACAGCGACUGCAGCGCCUAGCGCAGACCGGACGUCGCCAAGAUUUCCAGCCAGCAGUUUGAGUAUUCCGUAUGUAGGUUUAUAAAAUAGGCCCUGUCUCAAAUUUUAAAAAAUCAGGCCCAGUCCGAGUACUCCAAAAAGCCGUGCGCAGGGAAAGAGCAAGAGCAGCGGAGCAGUCCCUUACUCCUGCUUUGCCGAUAUCGUGAAAACCCCACGCCAAAAACGAAAAACGAACUCCAGACGGGCGACGCCGCGAGGGCCAUCUUCACUGCCGGACGGCCAUCUUCACUGCCGGACGGCCAGGACAGGACGGCGCACGGCGGCUGCAGGCUGCUACUCUAAAUCCUCUAAUUUCUCUUUGUCAUCAAACAAGCUAAAAGCUAUCCCUCUUAAUAAGAAGAUACUUUUGAAGUUUUGAGAAGAGGAGAUUUGGGUUUUUUUCGUAACAUCAAAAAGGAGAAGUGCUGCCUAAGUCAAUAAAGGCAUAAGUGGUUAAGAGCCAAACAGGUAGAAAUGGUUAUUCCACCUCCGGUUAGACCAGAAAGAAUUUCAAAGUUCUUGAAACCAUAUGUGCUGAGGAUGCACUUUACGAACAAAUAUGUGAAUGCGCAAGUGGUUCACACGCCCACUGCAACAGUGGCCGCGGCUGCAAGCACACAAGAAAAGAGCUUGAGGCUGGCAAUGGCAGAGGCCAAAGAAAACACCAGAGAUGUCUCUGCUGCUUCAAAGAUAGGCAAGCUGCUCGGUGAGCGUCUGCGGAUCAAAGGCAUUCCUGCUGUUUCUAUAUUCUUCAAGAGGGAGCAGAGGUAUCAUGGGAAGGUCAAAGCUGUGAUUGAUUCCAUCAGGGAAGAAGGAAUAAAAUUGGUUUGAUUUUGUGAUCUCUUUUAUCCUCUUCAAUAAUAUUUCCUAGUGUACUCAUCCUGUCUCUCUUCAAAACCCAUUUAGAAAUGUACUGUAUUUUUUGUUCACCGUGUUCUCCGGCUGGCCAAGAGAAUGUGUUUUGCCUUUUACUCCAUCAUUAACCCUCUAAAAAAGCACGAUCUAACUCUACAAAUUUAGCUUUUAAGGCGAUUCGCUUUUAUAAUUGACAGUAAUGCCUAAUUGUCGAAAAGCAUCAAAUAAACAAGAAAGGGUUUU